AUGACAAAGAGUGAAUUCUAUGACAUGUAUGGAUCCGGCUUCGAUUCUCUCUGCAUUGGCAGCGAGAGAGACCCCAGGAAGCACGCCCAGAUGAAGAAGUCACUGUCAGCCGCAUUCUCGACCAAAGCCCUGGCACAGCAAGAGAGCAUUGUGAUGCGGUGUGUGGACGGCUUUGUGCAGCGUCUCGGUGCCGAUGGCGCGUCUGAUAAGGGACUCAAUAUGACGAAAUGGUUUGAAAUGAUCGCAUUUGACAUCCUCGGCGAAAUGGCUUUUGGAGAAACUUUUCACUGUGUCGAGAACGGUGGGCGGUUGAAUGCAAGUUCGGGACGUGAGGACUUUCUGACCAAUAUUUCGGAAAAGGUUAAGAGUGGCGAAGUGAGCCAAGAAGAAAUGACGGCUCACGCGUCCACACUGGUCAUUGCCGGUGGAGAGACUGUCUCGACAUUCUUAGCCGCAGUCACAUACUUUCUGCUGAAGAAUCCUGCAGCAUACCAUAGAAUGCAGCAGGAAAUUCGCGAUCGAUACAAGAACGAGAGCGAGAUUACAGCCAUGUCUGCGCAACAGCUUCCAUAUUUGCAAGCAGUGAUCUCAGAGGGACUGAGGAUAUACCCACCUGGGUCACAAGGGUUCCCACGGACCUGUCCUGGUGCCACGAUUGAUGGACACUGGGUGCCAAAGGGAACCGAGGUUUAUACAAGUGCGUGGACCGUCACUCACGACGAGAAUAACUUCCACGACCCACAUGCAUUCAAGCCGGAACGAUGGCUAGAUCCGGCCCGCAAGGAUAACCUCGAAGCAAGCCAGCCAUUUUCUCUAGGCCCUAGAGGUUGUCUCGGCAAAAAUUUUGCCCUGGUUGAGAUCAACCUGAUCAUGGCUAAAACGCAUUUCGCCUACGACUUGGAGCUUCGGGAUACGGACUUGGACUGGCUGCAGCAGAGCCGCAUGCAUGUGAUGUGGAGCAAACCCGCGAUGUACGUGAGAUUUCAUCCAGCUAGGAAGUAA